UUAAUCAUGUUUGCUUUUUUCAUAGAUUGUUCAAUUUUUCAUAGAAUUCAUUUAUUUCUCACAUUUUAUCCGCUGGUUUGUUGUACUCAUUUUCCUCAUCAUUUCCAAUAAAAAGAAACGGUCGAUAUCAUGUUUGGUAAUGAAAAGAGCGAAGAAUCCGGAAGUUCUGGGUUUGGUUUAGCUGAAGUUAAAAAGGUUUUCCAGUGGAUUCUCGGAUGCACUUAUGCGAAGAAAACAUUCAAAACUAGAAUUUCUGAAAUGUUUCAUUUUGCUGAUGCUCCGCACAUUGUCGUGUAUGAGCGAAGUGAGGAGCGACCAUGGUAUUCGAUGGUUGGAAUAAUAAUUGCAGUUCUCAUUGUAGUUAUGAGUCUCUAUUACACACUUGAAGCUGGAUACCGUUCAAUUCGAAAACUCAUGCUUUCAAUGCUCCAAGAUCCGCAACAGAGUACUGUAUCCACUCCAAGAUGUCUAUCACCAACAAACAUGGGAUCCAAGAAAUCUUCGCCUCAAACUCCAAAAACUCCGGAUGUGAUUCGUCAAAAAGUUCCGAUGAAUGAGCCAGUCAAUUGUGUGUUCAUUCGACCAGUUAUUCCAAAAACUAUUCCAGAGGGUACUGUAGCCGUGCCGAAUUUGAAUUCGGAAGAAGAUAUUUUAUUGGAUAGAGAUCAUUGUAUUGGAGAGAAAGGAAAAAAGAUAAAUGGAAGUUUAGAAAAAGACAAAAAAGUGAAAGAAAGUGGAAAGGAAAAAAUUAAAAAAGAAACUAAAAAGAGUCCACAGACAAUGACACUUGAUGAAGUUCAAUUUGAUGCUUCUUCCAAUUUUAAUAUUCGACCAACCAUGGCACCAUCUCCAAAUGUCCACACUGACAGUACUCAACCAUCGAAUCGUAAAUCAACUGGAUCUGAUGAUUCGAAUAUUGCAAAUGCUCCAAACUCUUCACACUCGGAAUGUGAUCAAAUUAAUGAACGGGUUUUGAAACAGAUUGCUGGAUGCAGAAAUCUUGAUGAAGAUAGAACGGAUGCUGGUGCAUGUGAUGCCAUUUCUCCGCAAGACUCUGGAAUGGAUCUUCACGGUAUUUCGAAUGAUUUUUUUGGGAAAAUUCAAGAUAUUAUCCAAGCCCAACUUGGAGAUUCUAAUAUUUUGGAAGCCACUUCCGAUGAGAAUCUUUCGGAAAUGUCAAUGGUUACAGAAAGUCUCAUGUCUAGUUUAGCUGAAAUUGAACCAUCGUUUAUUGAGACUGAUGUUCAAGAAGCCUCGGAAACAUCAUCUCACUGUGAGCCAAACCUAGGAGCAAAGCAGACUGUUGGAAAUGAGCAAGAUGCUGAUAUUGUUAUUGAUGAUUCACAUUUAUUUGCUGAAUCUGAAAAUGAAUGCAGUGGAAGCAUCCUUGUCAAAGGUGGACAACAGAAGGUGUUGUUCCGUUGGACAGACGAAAAACCGACUACUGUAGAUUCCGUUACAUUGACUGGUUCAUUUUUUGGUUGGAAUAUGAACAUUCCGAUGAAAAGAAAUGAAUUGAAGAUGUUCGAAGUUUGUAUUGAAUUGCCGGAUGGAAUGCAUGAUUACCUCAUUAAUGUCUACCGUUUUGAUUAGUCCAAUUUUUGUAAUAAAUGUUUUGUAAAAAA